AUUAACCAAAAGCAGCUUCCUAUGGAUCCAUAUACCAUGCUAAUAGUAUGCAGUAGUAAAUCUUGAUUACCACUAAAUUUUCUAUAUAAAUACCACCCUGCAUGCUUGCGUUCUUCUCCAUCCAAAUCAUUCAUAUCUAUAUCACCACUUAUUUCAUAAGCUUAAUUUUACCUUCGUAAAGACAUGAAAUUCUUGAACCUCUUCUUUAUGUUGUCUAUAGUAAUGGCCUUAGUGGCCAUUACUCUCUCCGCCAUCACUAGCGAAAAAUCUGAUCAUCCUCUGGGAAAUAGCCAAAUGGCAGCCUCGUUUAGAGGAGCAGGUGGGUUUCCUACCCAGGGAUUUCGUCCUUUCUUGACAUGCGACAAACAGCCUGAAAUUUGCAGCAUGAAAGGCCUAUUUUGCUGCAACAGAAGAUGCGUAGACCUCAAGACAGAACAAUUCAACUGUGGGAGGUGUGGCAAGACAUGUAACUAUUCCAGCAUUUGCUGUGAAGGGAAGUGUGUGAGCCCAUUAUUCGACGAGAACCACUGCGGAGGAUGCAACAAUAGCUGUGGUAAAGGAAGCUCAUGUGUAUAUGGAAUGUGCAAUUAUGCAUAAAAUUGGAUUUUCCUUUAUUAUAGCUACAAAUAUUGUGUGUAUUAAUUAAUGUGUUGGCAGAUAUUUAAAUGCAUUAGCAAUAAUAUGGACAAUGCAAGAAGUAUUUCUAAGUAGUA